AUGCCCACGCUGGCCUGCUGUUGUGGUACUGCUGCUUGUGCCUUGUGCUGCAAAUGCUGCCCCAAGAUAAAGCAGUCAACGAGCACUCGCUUCAUGUAUGCGCUUUACUUCAUCCUGGUGACCAUCAUCUGUUGCAUCAUGAUGUCAACAACAGUUGCAAACAAAUUAAAAGUGCACAUCCCCUUCUACGAGCCGCUGUGCAAGGGCAUUCAGGCAGGAGACAUGUGCGAGAAGCUGGCAGGCUACGCUGCCGUCUACAAGGUCUGCUUCGGGAUGGCCUGUUUCUUCUUCCUCUUCUUCUUGUUCACCAUCAAAGUGAACAACAGCAAGAGCUGCCGAGCGUACGUUCACAACGGAUUCUGGUUUAUUAAGCUUAUACUUCUGGCAGCAAUGUGUUCAGGAGCCUUCUUCAUUCCUGACCAGGACACUUUUCUCAACGGUUGGCGCUACGUAGGAGCAACGGGAGGGUUCCUUUUCAUUGCCAUUCAGCUCAUCCUGCUUGUUGAGUUUGCACACAAGUGGAAUAAAAACUGGACCGCAGGCGCGAAUCACAAGCAGCUCUGGAACGGUUUGCUGGCUCUGGUCACGCUGGUGCUGUACACGGUCGCGGCGGCCGCCCUCGUCCUCAUGGCCAUCUUCUACACGCGCCGCGAGGGCUGCACGUACAACAAGAUCCUGCUCGGCGUUAACGGCGGCCUCUGCCUCUUCGUGUCGCUCGUGGCCAUAUCGCCCUGCGUGCAGGACCGCCAGCCCCACUCUGGUUUGCUGCAAUCGGGAAUCAUCAGCUGCUACGUCAUGUACCUCACCUUCUCAGCAUUAUCCAGCAAGCCUCCAGAAACCAUCCUGGAUGAAAACAAUGAGAACAUCACAAUCUGCGUACCCGAAUUUAGCCAAGGGCUGCACAGAGAUGAAAACCUCGUCACUGGCCUGGGUACUACCAUUCUCUUCUGCUGCAUUUUGUAUUCUUGCUUAACUUCAACCACACGUGCAAGCUCUGAAGCACUGAGAGGAAUCUAUGCAACACCUGACACUGAGGUAGCUCGUUGCUGCUUUUGCUGCAUGCCCGACGGAGAUGCUGAUGCUGAGGAACACACUGAAAAAAGGGGAGGCCAGGCUGUGAUAUAUGAUGAAAAGAAAGGCACAGUGUACAGCUACUCCUACUUCCACUUUGUUUUCUUCUUGGCUUCACUGUAUGUGAUGAUGACAGUAACUCACUGGUUCCAUUAUGAAAGUGCUCAGAUUGAAAAUUUCUUCACUGGGACCUGGUCCAUCUUCUGGAUUAAGAUGGUCUCCUGUUGGGUUUGUGUCUUUCUGUAUUUAUGGACUCUAAUUGCUCCACUCUGUUGCCCAACGAGACAAUUCUCAGUAUGAAGACUCAGAAGGUCCCUUUUUUUU